AUGACAAACUUCUCAUUCACAGUAGGAGAAACAAUAUUUCCAGUUCAUAGAGUGAUCCUUUCAUGUCGCAGUCCUGAAAUUUUAAGGAAAACACUUCACAGCUGCAGCAAGGAGUUUAAAAACGAAUGUUUUGAGGUUUUAAAAAGAUUUCUUCGAUCUGGAUCAACUGGUUGGUUGAAACGACUUGUGGGCUUAAAGAUUAUGCCAGUGUUUUCUUAUGAUUACCAGUGUAGUUGUCAGUUAGUCAGAAGGGUGAUAGCAGAGUUGGGAUUUGACUGA